CUUCCCCGAUCCCUAGUUCCCUUCGAGGCUUCGCUUUGACCUUUCGUCCUUCCCUCCCGGCUCUCGCUCCCGUGCUUCGACCUUGGUAUUUGGGUAUGAUUAAAACCCGACCGAUUCUUACCAAAAGUAUCACAUCUGCCCUCAUUUACACUGCUGCUGAUUGAACAUCUCAGGGUUUCCAAUUCAAACAUGGGUAGUAGAUUGGGAAGAAGAGUGGUUAACUUUGCUAAUAUUCCAAUUAAGCUUCUCAUGCCCACUUCUUUCUCCAACAUCACGGAAAUCGCCCUAAAAACCAUCCCCUCUGCUUCCAAGAUUGAAAUCAAGAGGGUUUUGGAGUCGCUUUAUGGAUUUGAAGUGGACGAGGUUCGAACCCUAAACAUGGACGGGAAGAAAAAGAAAAGAGGCGGACUUUUGAUUGCAAAACCUGAUUACAAAAAGGCUUAUGUUACUUUAAGGAAUCCUCUUUCGAUAUCCCCAGAUUUGUACCCGAUUCGUGUGAUCGAAGAAGAACGAAAGAACAUGAGCAAACAGUCCAAGUCCAGCAUUGUCGAAGGUGAUGAAACAAAGAAGAUCCAUUGGCUUGAUGGUAGCGGGGUUAAGAAAGAUACAGGUUAUGGGGGAAGGGUUAGGCACGGAGCGGCAGACCGCCGUGGGGGCAGCAGCACCACAACCGCGACAUCCAAGUUUCCGUGGACCAAGAUGCGAUCUGCUGCUAAGUAGAUUCUUGUUGUCCUUAGCUUUUUUACUGACUAAUAUGCACUCUAGGUGUUUGAUGAAAUGGCUCUGGUGAAAAUUUACCACUAGGCUGUAUUUGUUUUGGGAAUUUUAGUUGAUUUUACCUUUGAAUUUAUAUAAAUGAGCUUACUUUUCAUCAGUUCAGUAAGUUCAUGGAUUAUUGAUGUUUUCUUGUUAGC